AUGCACAUGGACGAGGUCAAACUGGUGGCCAUCAGGGCGGGCGUGGCUUUUACAAUUGGCAUGCGGCUCUUUUACCUCUUCAUUGUGCUGGUGGGUGAGGCCAGCAAGGGUGUCAACGUUUUUCCCUUGCAGGGUACCGUGGUUGGACCCCUGGUGUCCGUGUCGGAUUGA